CUACUUGUGCUUGAUUCAGAAUAAUUAAUUUACUACAAUGGGUACUUUGUAUCUCAAUGCUUUUGGCAAACUGGAGGAUUCUUCAAGAGCUGUCCCUGUUGAGACCUUUGUUGUCCUCCAUGCCAUCAAAAGCCUAGAUUUACAAAGUGGUGCAUCUCCCAUUCAUAUUGUCCUAGUAGAAUCAAAUGGAGACUUGCUAAGUCCAAGUGUACCUGUGGAUGUUGAUAUCUUCUCUCACAUCAGUGUAGAAGUUUCUCAUUCAGCUCUACCUUAUCAAGCUAAAGUCUGUAAAUUGCCCGCUUUUGUGGCAAAGGAAAAAGGCCUCCUUCAAACAGUGGCUGGGCUGAGUUCUGUUCUCCGUAAAUUGUUGUUCGUUAACUCUCAAGACCAUCCAUUAUUAGGAUUUCGUCAGUCAUGCCUCAUUGCCUGUGCUGAAGUUUCUGUGUGGACUCGUUUUUGUGAGGUUGACAUCAUUAAUUCCGUAAAAGACAUGCUUCUUAGAAACUCUCAGUCGUACUUGGAAUAUAUUCCCAUUGAUGUUGCCCGCUUAGAGGAACAUUUGUCACAUGCCCCACGCCUCCACAAUGUUCGAAAACAUCGUCAGGCUUAUGCUAAAACUAUUGGAAGCACAGAGUCGGAAGCUGAGGUGCCCCACUUGUUUGCUGAGGGUCCAUCCAUGACUUUGGCAGAUGUUAUUUUAUUUCCAUGCUUUUUUAUACUCCUGAGCAGUUUUCCUGAGCAUGUAUUAGUUGAAACAGUUCCUCUAGUGUUCUCCUGGUAUGCCAGGGUUUUGGCCUCUGAGCAACUUCUGAAUGGAGCUGAACUGCUCUUAAAGUUGGCCUCAAUUUUACCAGUUCCUUCAGACCUUGACAAAAGUUCAUAUAACUUGCCCUUAGUACCUAAAGAAAGCCUGUACAAAUGUGAUCCAUCUCGGUACAAACCUCGCAGCAACAAAAUGUACACACAGCAGGAAGAUGUAGAAGCAUCAUUGGCCAUUGUCAACACUUUGAUGUCUGAGCAUGAGAUUAUUCAAACAACAAAACCGUUUGGGGAUGAAAUUGAAUUGCUAUGGCAAAAUUUACCUCUUGAAAUUCAACCAGAGGGAGGACAUGUCCCAGAGAAACGUCAAAGCCGCAAAGCAGAGCAAUUGCAAAAUAUGGCAAAAGCUGUCAUGAAGUUGGCUCAGCCAGGUCAUAUUCUGGUGGACUUCUGCUCAGGGAGUGGCCACCUGGGCCUUCUCUUGGCAUGGGUUCUGCCUUCCUGCACUGUGCUUCUUCUGGAGAACAAAGACAAAUCAUUGCAGCGGGCUGUAGAUCGCAUUGAGAAAUUGGGUCUUAAGAAUGUGGAGCUGGUCCAAGGCAACAUUGAUUACUUCCAGGGUGAAUUUGAUAUUGGCAUUGCAUUACAUGCUUGUGGUGUUGCAUCAGACAUAGUGCUUCAACUUUGUGAAUCAAAACGGGCUGCUUUUGUGGUAUGCCCCUGCUGCUACGGCUCAAUCCAAAGUGGACAUACAGUGUCUUACCCAAGAAGCCAACUAUUUCAAGAUUCCUCAUUGGGGAUGAAAGACUACUUGGUUCUUGGUCAUUGUGCCGAUCAAACACACGGAGAAGAAGGGUGCAAAACAGCUCAAGGGAACUUGUGCAUGGCUGCUAUUGAUACUGAUCGACUUUUGCAUUCACAUGAAGGAGGCUACUAUGUUCAUUUAUCCAAAAUGGAUCCACCUACCUGCAGUCCAAAAAAUAACUUGUUGGUAGGAAUUCCCCAAGAAAGGGCAGACUUCAAAGUUGUUACUAACGCCUAGAAAAUGGCACCAAACUUAUAGAACUAAUGCACUGUUUUAAAGUCAAUACUAUACACUGACUGAAUUAAUUAUCAUGUUCAUAACAGUGAGAGCAAAGUCUACCGUGCAUUUAAGAAAAAAUGAAUUAUGUGUAAUUUUGUUCUAUUUCUUUUAAUAAGUCACAUAGUUUUAUUUUAUUAAUUCAAAUGUUGUUGUAUAAAUAAAUGCUGCUAUUUUUUAAA